GUUGUUGGAUUUCGUACGGUACGGUCGUGGUGCGCUUGGUUGCUUCGAGGCGGAUAAAAUGCCAACUUGACGCUCUUUAUUUAGUUAAAAACAUUACACACGCGUAGCGCCAAAAAACAUAAAAAAAAACACAUACAAGUUACAACAGAUAAAGUGUUCGAGGAGCAUGUAAUUCGUGUAAAUUUUAUUCAAUAACAACAACAAAAAAAACCACCACAAAAAUCACAAACAACAACCAAACUUUAUUUUUAUGAAUGCCAAAUACAUGUGUAGUUUAACAACAAAAAAAGAAACCACAAACUGUUUAUACACAUUUAUUAGAUAAGAAGAAAUGCGCAGAAAAUUGCAAAUAAAAAAAAUAUCAAAUAGAACUCAAUGAACACAAACAAAUGUGCAAUUAUUCCAAGUGAAAAAAAAGUACAGCUGUCAGCGAUCGUCCAAGGAUACAACUUUAGAUACAUCAUAAACCAUAAAAUAUGGUAUGAAAGAACAUGCCUCAAAGCCUUAGCCAAAGUUGCAACUAGAAGAGCAGGAGAGAAGACAGAGAGAGAGAGAGACCGUAGGCAAUUGAUUUGAAUGGUCGUGAGUGUGGAACGCGAUAGCUUGGAUAACAUAAAUGCAACAAUAUGUCGGCGAAAUCAAGAAACACGAUGGAGCAGUACACAAAUCCCUCCUUCGAGCAGGAAUGCAAUCCAACAGCAGCAGCCACCACAACGAUAGGAGGAGGAGGAGCGGGAGCGGGAGCCGGAGGAAGUGCGGUGACAGCUGCCGUGCCAGUUGGAGGAGGAUUAGGCACAGUUACAGUUGCAGCAGCUGCAGGCGAUGCCGAUGGAGCGACACAUCGCAAAGGUCACAGGCGACAGGAAUCGAUGUACCAGAUGACAGGCCUCUACUCGGAGGCGAAUAGUGGCGACGACAGCAGCAUCGAUGCCGCCCAAGAUGGCCCCCACAUGGGCAUGGCCACCACAGCAGUGGGCGUCGAGCUCGGAGCUGGGACGGACACGAAUGCAGUGCUCAAGUGCCACAGUCGUCAGCCAUCGGCAGCAGCAGCAGCUGGUGGAAAGUGCAGCAAUGCUGAUCACCAGCGGACGGACGACGAUGAUGAGGAUGAGGAACAGUUUCAUUCGCGAGACUGCGGCAUCUUGAAUUGUCGUCCCUAUGGCAUCCAAAGAUUCGCCCGCAUCAAGAUCUUUGUGCUGCUUCUUUCGCUGCUCGUGAUGAUGCAGCAAGCACUCAGCUCGGGUUACAUCAAUUCAGUGAUUACGACGAUCGAGAAACGCUUCGAAAUCCCCUCGAGUUACUCGGGUCUGAUUGCGUCCAGCUACGAGAUUGGCAACGUCAUCACCGUCAUCUUUGUCAGCUAUCUCGGUAGUCGGCGGCACAUUCCCGUCUGGAUUGGCAUUGGCGCCGUGAUCAUGGGUAUUGGCUCGCUGGUGUUUAUGGUGCCGCAUUUUACCGGCGAACCCAAUCCCGGCAUUGCCAUCAAGAACAAGACCAGCGACAACAUUUGCCGCAGCGCUCUUGUGCGUGACCAGGACAUGGAUCUGGGACGCCUCUCGAGCGGUCUCUCCAAUCAGCCCCUGGCACCACACACGCUCCGCGAGGACAAUUGUCUGGAGGGCAAAGCCUCCACCACGGGUCCCGUGCUGCUCUUUGUCCUAGCCCAGCUGCUGUUGGGUUGCGGUGGCAGUCCGCUCUUCACUCUGGGCACCACCUAUGUGGACGAUCAUGUGCGCACCGAGAGCUCAUCAAUGUACAUUGGCUGCAUGUACAGCAUGGCUGCUUUUGGCCCUGUCGUUGGCUUCCUGCUGGGCGCCUAUCUGCUUAGCUUUCACAUGGACUCGCUCUCAUCCACCAUCAUUUCGAUAACUCCUGGUGAUCGUCGCUGGGUGGGCAUGUGGUGGGGAGGCUUCCUCCUAUGCGGCGUCAUACUGCUCGUGGUCGCGGUGCCCUUCUUCAGCUUCCCCAAAGUGCUGACGCGCGAGAAGAAGAAGAUACGCAAGAGCAGCGUCGUCCAACUGGCGCUGCCCAACAACUCGAGUGCAACGGCUGCCACUGAUGAGCUGGGAAAGGUGAAGAAGGUGGAAAUUGUGGCCGUGACCAGCAAAGAGGAGGAGGCACAAUCCCCGCCCAAGGUGGACACUGGCUACGGCAAGGAUAUCAAGGAUAUACCCCAGUCAAUGCUGCGUCUGGUCAAGAAUCCCGUAUACAUUGUGACCUGCCUUGGCGCCUGCAUGGAGCUGAUGAUUGUCUCUGGCUUUGUGGUGUUUCUGCCCAAGUACCUGGAGACACAGUUCAGUCUGGGCAAGAGUCAGGCGAACAUCUUCACCGGCUCGAUUGCAGUGCCCGGCGCCUGUAUUGGCAUCUUCAUUGGCGGCUGUGUGCUCAAGAGAUUCCAGCUGAAACCGAAGGGCGCUGUGCAGUUUGUGCUGAUCACGAAUGUGAUCUGCUUGGCCUGCUAUGCCAUGUUGUUCUUCUUGGGUUGUGAUAAUCUCAAAAUGGCUGGCACAACAAUACCGUACUACACGAAGCAGGGCUCCACACUGGAGCAACCGUUCCAGGUGAAUCUCACGGCAGCGUGCAACUUUGGGUGCGAGUGCUUGACCAGCGAAGUGGAACCCGUUUGUGGCAACAAUGGCUUGACCUACUUCAGUCCCUGUCACGCCGGCUGCACUGCCUUCUCCUCCAGCUCCAAUUACACCAAUUGUGCAUGUGUUCACGCCAAUAUUUCAAGCAGCAUUUAUCGUGGCGCCGGCGGCAGUCAGGCUCAAGCUCUCAGUGCCAACGAGGACUUUGCCGAGGUGACUGUGGUGCCGGUGGCCACCGCUGGCCCCUGUGCCACGCCCUGUCGCACCAUUUAUCCCUUCCUCAUACUGCUCUUCUUCAUGACCUUCGUGGUGGCCUCCACGCAGAUGCCGCUGCUCAUGAUUGUGUUGCGAUCCGUGUCCGAGGAGGAACGUUCCUUUGCUCUGGGCAUGCAGUUUGUCAUCUUCCGCUUGUUCGGUUAUAUUCCCGCUCCUAUUCUGUUCGGCAAUCUCAUCGAUUCCACGUGUUUGCUCUGGAAAUCCUCAUGCGGCGAGAAAGGCGGUCGUUGUCUUAUCUACGACAUAGAAAAGUUCCGUUACAAGUAUGUGGGUCUCUGUGCCACCGUCAAGCUGGUGGCUCUCUUCAUCUUCAUUGUGGACUGGUGGCUCGUGCGCAGGCGCAAGCAGCUCGAGAAGAUGAAGCCUCUGAAUGCCAGCGAUCCCAUCAUUGGCUCAAUUAUCAGCUUGGACAAACUGUUCGAGGAGAAGCUGACGGGCAGUGAGCCGAACACAGGAUUCGUUGGCGGCAACGGAGAGCUGAUAAUACCCACAGACAUAAUGCGGCACUCGCGCAACGAUUCCCGCACCAUGCAGCUGGAGUACUGUUACGACAAGUGUGGACAGGUGAUACCAGUGCCGAGCACUUGCCACGUGCCGCAGACCAAGUCUAAGAAGCACUUCCGCAGCGCUUCCUGCGAUGUCAAAAUGAUACGUAGCUUUGCCAAGGAUCACAAUGUGGCUGGCGGAGUGGCGACUGCAUCGGCUGCAGAUGCAGCUGGCGACAAGUACAGGAAUCUGAAGAAACUGCAGUCGCAUACACGGAAUCAUUCGACGGAUCUGAAUCCGCAGGAUGCGCGUCACAAGACGCUGCGCGAUGAUCCCACGCUGCCCAUACGCUACAUACAGAAUCAGUUGCGGCCGCAGGAUUGCGCCGAGGAGGAUGAUGACGAUGAGCUGACCACGGGCUGUGGCCACUUCGUGAAGAAGCAUUCGCGGAAUCACAGCUACGAUCAGAUCUAUAUGCCCAAUAACAUACGCUUCGAUGCGGACUUUUUGCGGCAUCCACAUCAUGCGCACUCGCAUCACAGCAAUCCCAAGAAGAAUGUCAAUCUGCUGAAGAAUGUGGUCAGUGGCGAUGGCAAGUUGAAGAACUCCAAUGAGACGGAGGCAGCAGCAGCAGCUGUAGCUGGCGGUGGUUCGCGUUGCCAUUCACGCAACAACUCCAAGGAUCUGAAUAGUCAGCUGGCAUUGACUGAACCAGCAGCCACUGGUCUCAGCAUAUUGCGGCAUCGGCGCACCAACUCCAAGGAUCUGAACUACAGCAUAUUGCCAGAGACAUCUGUCGCCACAGCGGCGGCAGCUGCAUCUUCGCAAUCCUCCCACAGCAAUCACACGCGGAAUACGUCGCAUCACAAGAUACAGAUCGAUGAUGAUCGCAACGAGCUGAUCAACGACCAGGACAACGAGGAUGACGAGGAUUCCUCAGUACGCUUGUAGUUGCGCCGCUAGUUGAAUAAUGUUCCUCUGUGCUUAGUGUGAAGCAAUAAUCCAAUGCUCCUCCAAAACAAAACUCUUGCGUAGCUUUACGGUUUGUGGCAGCAACACAGCAACUAAAGCAUCUACAUUCCAGGCAAUGAAUGAAUCCAAAAUAUCCCCCAAAUUUCUCCAUCUAAAUGCCUGCAAGUUGUGACUUGAGCUGCUUUAUUUGUACUUACAACCAAGUGUUCAAUUGUACUUUCCUCGUAGAGAAAAAAAACCAAGUAACAAAAAAAAAGAUUAAUAAUCGUUUUUAUACAAGAAAAAAGAUGUUCAAACCGAUUCACUGAAAGCAAGACGCGCGUAUUGCAACCAAUAUUUAUGAAUAGUUUAAUUAUUCGAUAAGCAUUAGUAGCAACAACAACAACAAAAACCACAACAACAGUAACAAUAACAACAUAUUGUAGUUUUUUAGCUCGUUGUGAUAGGCAUAUUUUAUAUACUACAUACAAUAUGUGUAAGAAGAUACACUUUGGAAAUUCGCAAUGUUAAAUUAAUUUCGAAUUUGUGUAGAUGGAUUCGAAUUGUUUCCUUGACUUCUCCAAUCCCCAACAAUUUCGAUAGAACCCUGCUGAUGGCUUUUACUUAUCUACUUUACAUUGUGCAAUCUCUCGGUUUCGAAAAAAAAAACAUGGACAGAACAGAACAGAAAUUUAUUGACUGCGGAUACUAAUAGAAAAUGUUUUUGCGACUAAAUUAACCAAUAAUAAUACUAUUUAUAAAUGAGAUAAACAAUUGUCAAUGGAAAUUGUGCUGUGAAACAAUGUGUGAGUAAAUAAAACAUAAAAACAAAUGAAAGUAAAGAAAAGAAUGUUUAGAAAAUGAAAUAAAUGAAUGUAAAUUGUAUUAGAUAAGGAAUCCAUAUCAGAGCUCGACUAAAUGUGGCACGACGAAUUCCUUAAUACCCUCUAAAAUAAUGAUUAACAAAAAGCAUAAUGCAAACGUUUUAAUACAGAACAUCGUACUUUAAACGAUAAUGCCUUAAAUAUAUCAAUUAAUUAUACACUAAAGAUAAAUAUAAAUCUAAUAUAUAAUAACUAAUGUAAUGUAAUGUAAUGCAAAUGCAUUUUAGUGAACCGCAACUGCGUAACUAGUUAGUGUGUCUAUUAUUUUAAGUUAGUGCGUGUCUUUUGCAUCCGUAUGUGCAAUUCUGAAAGAAUUCUUUCAUAAAAUGUAUUGUAUCUUUAGAAUUCUGUUUGUGUGAUUUCUCAUCUUGAUUCGCUUAGUGCAAUUCCUGUAUUCAAUUAAAUGUAUUUAGAUUAAACUGAAGCAUAACACAACACAUAAUAUACCCUAAGUUUAUACACCAUGAACGCCAGAAAGGAAGAGCGUAAGAAAUCCGUGCACCCCACAAUAGAUAUAUAUAAUUAUACAAAUGAUAUACAUAUACAUACAUCUACAUUUACACAUACAUAGAUAUAUAUUUGAAAACAAAAUGGAUUUUAAUCACACAGUUAGCUGCGUAACAAUUAGGUGCGAGUAAAUUACACAUACACACCCACACAAUAACCAUACCAUGAGUAGAAUUUUAAGAAAUGCAUAUUUUUAUUUAGAGAAAAUAUUGAUAUAACUAACAACAAGAAAUGAAUGUAAUAAUAUUAUAUAUGAAAUGAAAACAUGAGACUAUUGACAAACAAAAUAAAUAAUAUAUGUACUAGACAAUUCCAAAGGUGUA